CGCGCUUGUCUUGCUCUGCUGCACUUAGCACAUUGGGCAGAACUGAGACAGUGGGACGGACGGACCGGGAAUCAGGGGGAAUAGAGUCGGGUUUCCCGGCUCAUCUCCUGCACCAGCCACACCUAAAGUCACUUACCAUGGUAGGACAGCGAUGCAACAGAGCAAAGGGCAAUUGCGCAGGUGCGUCUGAACGCAGAAAAGGGCCGCAUACGACUCUGACUGAGCCUGCCAUCUUCGCCAGGGAGAGCAGCUGUGACUGCCGCGCCCCUCAUGAGAGACUCACCAUCGCCCAGGCCCGCAGGGGCACUCCAGUGGACCGGCCCGUCAGGGUGUAUGCUGACGGUAUCUUUGACCUGUUCCACUCCGGCCAUGCCCGCGCUCUCAUGCAGGCCAAGAACCUCUUCCCCAACACCUACCUGAUAGUGGGAGUGUGCAGCGACGAGCUGACUCAUAAGUACAAGGGCUUUACUGUGAUGACGGAGGACGAGCGGUACGAGGCCCUCCGACACUGUCGCUAUGUCGACGAGGUGGUCAGGGACGCGCCCUGGACGCUCACACAAGACUUCCUGGAGAAACACAAGAUCGAUUUUGUGGCUCAUGACGAUAUCCCAUACUCCUCAGCAGGAAGUGAGGACGUCUACAAACACAUCAAGGAGGCAGGCAUGUUUGUACCCACCCAGCGAACAGAGGGCAUCUCGACCUCUGACCUAAUCACUCGUAUCGUCCGGGACUACGACGUCUACGCCAGGCGUAACCUGCAGCGGGGCUACACCGCCAAAGAACUCAACGUCAGCUACAUCAACGAGAAGAAGUACCGUCUUCAGAACCAGGUGGACCGCAUGAAGGAGAAGGUGCGCACGGUGGAGGAGAAGAGUAAACACUUUGUUUACCGCGUUGAGGAGAAGAGCCAUGACCUCAUCCAGAAGUGGGAGGAGAAGUCCCGGGAGUUCAUCGGUAACUUCCUGGAACUGUUCGGCCCCGAUGGAACCUGGAAACAGGUGUUCCAGGAGCGCAGUGGACGGAUGAUCUCCUACGCCCUCUCCCCUCGCGGGUCCCCGACCAACAGCCCUCCCCGGGAGCUGUCCCCGUCACGCUCCCCAUCUCCCCCCUCCCGCUGGCACCACGCCCGACCCUCUCCCCCCGCAUCUCCCAAAGGAGCCUCCGCCUCCUUCAGUAGCAUGAGCGAGGGGGACGAGGAUGAGAAGUAGGGCCCCGGACUUUGAAACACACGUACCCACACACACACACACACAACCUCUCACAGCCAUACACACUACUUGAAAAGUGCUCUUGCAAAAAAAGUACACUUUAACACACAAACUCAAACACACACAUGCCACACCCACACCACGUUCCCUUUCUCACACACACCGGCAGCAUUGACUGGAUUCAACUGUAUCUUCCAGGAAGUAUACACAAGGUAGAGAGGGUCAUCAUGAAAAGUGUAGUUUUGUGUUGCAGGCAAAACAAUAAUGACACAAAGAAGCCAUCACAGACUCCGUUGCUGUGACAACGGAGCAGACAGAAGUGUGAGGUGGAUGAUGGGAAGUGAGUGACUGAUCAGCUUUUGAUUGUUCAGGGCUGACGGGACUGUCAUGAAGCCUGUCAAUAACGUCACCUCACCGUUUGUGGUCCUCUUUCCUUUCAGCUUUUUAUCUUUUGCUUUUUCUUCUCUUCUUACUAUCAAGUCACCUCUUUUAGAGGAGCGAUGGUGCAAAACGUGUAAUGCUAGGUUUAAGAUAGUGUGUGUUAAAGCAAUUUGUUAUUUUUCUCUACUAUACAGUUGGUGUGACUAGUGAUGUCUUAUGAAGCAGUUACAGAACAAUCCUUAUAGGGACUGACUUAUAGUCACUUUCUAUCAAAAAGAUCAGGCUAUGAUACAUUUUUGCAAAUGUAAAACACUGCCCCCUAGAGUAGCAGACAUGUUAUUGCAGUCCCCCACUUGUCAGAAAAACACAAUCAAGCCCUUGCAGCAUUGUCUGACCAGUUCUGCACUAACACAGUAGAUCUCUCACUCGGCCACAGCCGAUCCACACCAGUGAUCCACAUUGAGGCAGAAUGAACCACCUGUUUCCUCUAAGCUCCUGGUCCUACAGACCGUAGAGGCAGCACUGUCGUGUAUGCACUACAUGUAGCCUGCACUGUAUGUCAAACAUCUAGACAUGGGUUUGUUCUUUGUGUGUGUGUGUUUUUGUCUGAUUUUCUAAUGGGUAAUUCAAAAUG